AUGAGCUCCAACACAGCCUCCCCACACGGGGACGUCUCCCCGCGCCCUCCCCUCAGCCCCAGCCCGGCCCGCCCCGCCCCAGCCCCGCGCCCUCCCGCACUCCCCGCCGCGCCGCAGGCUGAGGCUCCGGCUGCCGCUGCGGGGGCACUCGGGGCCGCCCGGCAGCGCUCGGAGCCCGCUCGAAGCCGUUCGGAGGCGCUCGGGGCCGCUCGGCAGCGCUCGGAGCCCGCUCGGGGCCUUUCGGAGGCGCUCGGGGCCGCUCGGCAGCGCUCGGAGCCCGCUCGAAGCCGUUCGGAGGCGCUCGGGGCCGCUCGGCAGCGCUCGGAGCCCGCUCGAAGCCGUUCGGAGGCGCUCGGGGCCGCUCGGCAGCGCUCGGAGCCCGCUCGGGGCCUUUCGGAGGCGCUCGGGGCCGCUCGGCAGCGCUCGGAGCCCGCUCGGGGCCGCUUGGAGCCCGCUCGGGCCGUUGCCAGGGCCUGCGUUCCGCGUCCCUGUGUCUGGAAUGCCCCAGGCCUUCCGCCGUCAGGGCGCACUCCCGUGGCUCUGCUCCCUCCUCCACCGCAAAUGGCGACGAAGGCGUUUUUUUUCCUGCUCCUGCAGCUGCUCAGCUGCUGCCUGCGGGGCUCGGGGGGCUCCUCGCCCCGUCUGCAGCCACCGCCCCUGCGGGUCACCUGCCAGAGCCCUCCCGAACGCGUCUGGCAAGGGCAGGGUAACGAGCACCGGGUCUCCUGCCUGUGGAACAGCACCGUGAGGCUGCGGUACCAGCCCGCCCCGGGAGCGAGAGGCGAGGCCGAGAGGAAAGGGGGGCGGCCAGCACCCCCACCACACUGCUCCUGGUACCUGGGCUCAGCGUGGGUGAGGAACACCUCACGCUGGUCAGGCCAGGUCGUGCUGCAGACCAGCCUCCUGCCAGGAAGCGCUUGUCCCCCCGGGCCUUCCAGCCUCCUCAGGGUGCAGUGCUCAUCUGCCUCAUGCGCUGCCCCCGACUGCCUGCACCACAACGUCAGCGUCGAGAUGCCUGCGCAGGAGAUGCGGCUCCUCCAGAACAGCACCUGUGCCUACAGGGAUCACGCAAGAAACACCACACGUUUUGUCCAUCGCGCCGCUUUCCCCUUGGGUCCAGAGGAACACAUGGGGCUUGUGGCAAAAGGGAGUCGUACCAGGAGGGCUCUGCCACCGGCUCUUCUAGGAGCCAGAGUCGACAAUGCCGCGGCAAAAACCGCAGAAGCACCGGUGGCUUUCCAGAAAAACACCUGCUCUUCGCUGUCCGUGCGGAUUCACAGACCUAGAGUCCAUGUCCCUAUCUUGCGCUUAAAAAGGAAGUCAGCUUUUUUCUACUUUGCCGAUGCAGAAGUAAACUGCCCGGGUGGUAUGCCUCUCAGGCCCCUGUGGCGAAUCUACCCUGUUCCAGACACACAAACCAUUCCAGACUGGAGCAAGCCAAUGAACCUUUCUUUAAUGUUCAGUACAGAAACGAUGCACAUAACAGUUCCUGGUUAUACUUUAGAUUACGGGCUGUAUCUGAUUAAUUUCACUGUCACCACGACCCCAACUAUGUCCGCACCAAUGCUCAUGGACUCAGAUAAAGUUUAUGUUCAGAUUGAGAAAAGCGAUCUAGAAGCAAAUAUUGCAGGAGGCACGUUCCGCAGAGUGGGCUUUUCUGAUAAUUGGACUCUUGAUGGCUCCACAUCCUUUGAUCCUGAUUCAGAGGAAGGACUCAAGGGAAUCACAUUUACUUGGUACUGCACUAAAGAGUUGUCAGAUUAUAAAACCAUGCAACUCAGCCCUGGGAAGAAAUGCCAUGAGGCCCAGAGAGACUUGAAAUGGAUAACAGCUUCAGGCCCAGUUCAAGUGAUGCCACCAGAGUCCCUCCCAGGAAACACCGUGUACUACUUCCGCCUCGUGGUUGAGAAGGAUGGAAGGAGCAGUUAUGCUGACCAAACUGUAAGAGUGCAGCCUGGCUCGCCACUCCUUCUGAAUGUGAUGUGCAUUGAAAACUGCGGUAAAGCUCUCAUUCCAACAGAGAGAUUUAUAUUGUCUGGAAAGUGCCUCAACUGUAGAGCACACAGCCACCCAGCCUACUACUGGUCCCUUCUCGAAGAUGACUUGACCGAAAUUACUUUUGACUGGUCUUCCAGAACCUCCACAGGGAGGUUUGGGGCCUACCUGUCUAUCCAUGCUCUCACCUUCACAAAGACUGCACGUGGAUCCUACACGUUGGUGUUAAAAGUCACCACGCGGGACGGCAGGUCUGCAACCUCCAGACAUGCAUUUACGGUGACUUCACCUCCUAGGGCUGGCCGCUGUAGCAUCAACCCAAAGCAGGGUACAGCCUUUCUGACAAAAUUUGUGGUUCAGUGCAGUGGGUUUUCUGACAGCAAUUUACCCCUGAUGUAUAAAGUGAUGGUAGCUUCCAACGUACCCAAAACUACCAAAGUAACUUCUGUGGAGGAAAAUACAUUUGGUGCCAUUUUGUACUUUGAUUACGAACCUAAAACUCCUCCGUCUUUUCUCCCAGCUGCAGCGCCCUCUCAGAAGGACACCUUGACACUUUAUGUUCAAGUCCACAACUCUCUAGGGGUGUUUACCCAAGUGACUUUAUAUGUUCGUGUAAAGAACCCAGCUAAGGGCCGAGCACCAGCUGAAGUGUUCCGUCAGCUGCUGACCUCCGUGACCGGUUUAAGCUCGCCAAUGUCAUCUUAUCUCCAGAGAAAAGAUUAUUUUGGUGCAAGUUAUUUGGGUUACCUGGCAGCCUCCAUCUUAAACUACAUUAAAGCUGAACCAAGUCUCAUGCACUCUAAGACUCAGCUGCGGGAAACCCUGAUUGAAACAGCCCUGAAUGUUUCCAUGGAGAGCACAAUAGAAAUCAACCAAGUAGUUGCUGCUCUUUCUCUAGUCACAGAGGAAGCUGCUGAAUUGAACAGCAGAUCACAAGACCUUGCCAUUAAGAAACUGGCAGAAGCAACUAAACUGCUCAAGAAUAAUGAGCACCACUGGUCUGAGGAUGCCGAAAUUCAGAGCACUGGAAUAUUAAGGUCCUUGUCCAACGUCCUGAGAGCUGCUCUUCUGCCUCGUCAGAACGUAAAAGCGAGUCGAGUUAAAGACGUUGUCUCCAUCAUGGAAAAUGUGACGGAUGUAGUUUUCCAGGGCAAAGUCCCUGGAGAAAUGGACACUCACGUGGAAACAAAGAACUGGAAUAUCACGCUGAAGAAAGACGAAAGUAGGAACAUUGCAGAUUCUUUCUCUCCCCAAGACACCUGCAAGAACUGCUUUUAUCCAUCACUGAAGAAGGGGGGUGUUUCGGGAGUGCCCCACGAUGCCGUGAUUUCCACUGCCGUUUAUGAGUUUGACGAAAACCCCUUCCCUUGGUUAGGUUCCACGUCAGAAAUCGGAACAACAGUCUUGGGGUUCAAAAUGGCAGAGACCAAGCCUAAUGGGGAGCUACUAGGGAUCAUGCCUGAAGGAGCAGAAAUUACUAUUGCUAGGAAAGACACGCAGUUUUCAACUUUUCAGCUAGCAAUGGGACCCAAUAAGAAACAAAAUUCCACAACCGGAGGAUUUACUGUAGAAGUCAACAGAAAUGCCAAGCGCCUGUACUUCCAGAUCCUGACCAAAUUAAAAGUUGCCUUCAACGUGCUGAUCUUUAAGGGCACCAACGUCACUCACACUCAUCCCAUAGCCUCCUUUGAUGCUUUUCACAACAUGCCAACAGUUGCAAGCAAAAAUGAGACACCGAUCAUUGACUGUAACGUUGAGACUCCCUACAUUGUCUGUCUCCCAGAGACUGUGCUGACAGACGCAGCUCAAGGAAUCAAGACAGACACUUAUAAUAUCUCCAUUGUCCUGCUGACACCCUAUGUAGUAAGGCAUAAGACCCAGGAUCUGGUGAGCAUUAAUGUUUUUAGUGAUCAGUGCGUGUUUCUGGAUGGGAUUCAAAGUACCUGGAGAGAAGACACAUGCAGGCUUGGCUCCUUGACCGACUGGCAGAGGGUACACUGCGUUUGCGAUAUGAAGCCGACCGAGUUCAACUACACUGCCCCAGAUGGAACCACAUUCAGCAUCAGGUUCCUGGCAGCCAAAGUACUCGUUACUCCCAACAGAGUAGAUCUGGGAAAAACCCUGAUAGCAGACCUACCUGAAAACCCAGUGACACUCCUAACAGUGCUCUUCAUUUUGGCUAUCUACUCCCUUUUGUCCCUCUGGGCCAUGAGAAAAGACAUGGCUGACAGGGAGAGCAAAAACAGGAUUACAGUUCUGCCAGACAACGACCCCUUUGCCAAGGUGAGCUUUUUGGUCACUUUAUACACAGGCAGUCGCUGGGGAGCUGGAACCACAGCAGAUGUCUUUCUUCAGCUCACUGGCCAGAGAGGCACCAGUGACAUCCACUGUUUACGGCACCCACGUUGUCAGUCUUUCCAAAAAGGAAGCAUUGAUUGCUUUUUGUUAACAACUAAGACGGACCUGGGCGACAUUUGCUCCUUCAGGGUCUGGCACAAUAACAAGGGCCCAUCUCCAAGUUGGUUUUUGAGCAGAGCCAAAGUUGAGAAUAUCUCCACUGGGAAGACCUGGUUCUUCAUGUGCAGGAAAUGGCUCUCUCUCGAGAAGGGCGAUCACCUACUAGAAAGGACAUUUUCCGUCACCAACCCCAAGACACCUCUGCCCAGAACUGACUUUUUUUGGAUUGAUCUUGCCAACAGCCUGGCAGCGAGCCAUACAUGGCUCUCCAUUUUUGCUAACGUUCUCAUUGGCCCUUUCAGCAGACUCCAAAGGUUGUCUUCUUGUUUAGCAGUAUUAUUAUUAAGCUUGUUUCUUAACAUUAUUUUCUUUAAUGCUGGCAACAAUGAAGACUCUCCAACACACUCAAGGUAUCUAAGACCAAUCGCAGUAGGGAUUGAAUGUGCGUUUCUUACCAUACCUGUGGAAGCGAUUAUCCUUGCCUUAUUUAAGUACUCCCCAAAGGAACCUUUUUCUCAUGGCGUGGCUCAGACGGACCCAAAGUUAAGUUCACCAUCUGGAAAGUUCCUGUCUGGAAAACUUCAGAACCUGAAGGAACGUCUGCAAAAACGGUACCGUUCAGAAACUUCAGCACAACUGAGGAAUAUUAGUCCAUUGGAGAACCUUCCUGGUCCCAGCAACUCACAGAGCCCACCACGUUCCGGAAAGACAGGUCCCCAAAACAGGAACAACCGCAUAAUUUCUGAAGAAGAUACAAAUGUAACUGGAAGAGAGGAGCAGGCGACAUCCGCAAACUCCCCUCCGAUGGCUGUGGCCUGCCAGAGAAGGCCACCAUCAAACUCUGGUUUUAGUAAUAACUAUGCAGAAGAAGGGGGCAACUUGCAGAAGGAGAGGAAACCACUAAGCAUUACUUCCCCACCCUCUCACAAGAGACAGCACAGAGUUUUGUGGUGGUGCUCUGCCUACCUCUCGUGGGCACUAAUUAUAGUUGUCACUGGGGUAUCAUCAUUCUUCAUUGUGCUCUAUGGUUUGUCUUACGGCUAUGAGACUUCAGUAGAGUGGCUUUUAGCAUCUGCAGCCGCCUUUAUUAAGAAAGUGUUUUUCUUCCCAGUUUUAAAAAGCAGUCUUUUCACAGCUUUCAGGACAGUCUCUCCAAAAUACUGCGAAAACAUCAUGUGGUUAAGUCCGCAAAAGCAUCCUGAGAUGAAGCUGGCUGAAGACACGAUGAGUGCUGACAAGAUGAGAGAGAUGCACGUGAAACUUGCUAAAAUCAGACGCACCAAGCAGUAUAAGCCUUUGGAAACUGAUGAAAUUGCAAAGAUGCUGAAAAGGGCAAAAAUUAAAGCCAAAGCAUUUACUUGCACCAUAGGUUUCAUCAGUCACCUUGUCUUUUUAACACUGCUCUUAAAUUCUGCCUGUUCCACUGAGAACACCAACAGCUUCCUCUACAACCGGUUCAUCCACAGCCAAGUCUCUCCACGACUCUCCAGCGUAGAGAAGCUAGACCACAUCUAUGUGUGGGUGAAAGAUGUGUUCUUGCCUUUGAUCCACAACGACAUUCAGCCAACCUUUCUUCCUGACAGCUGGUCCAAAAUCAUUGGCUUGCCUAGGAUGAGGCAAGUGCGAGCCAAAGGCAUGGAGAAAAAAUGUUUCUAUCCUCACAGCUUUUUAAAUAACUUUGUGAUCAAUAAAAGCCACUGUCUGCACAAGUAUGGCAGUGAUAUCCCAGAGGACGGUGACUACGCUGGCACUUGGACAAAGCUUGCCAACCAGUCUGUUCCCAAGGACAACAGCAGUUACAGUGGGUUCACGUACCAGCCAAACAGGACUCCAUGGACGUAUCCUUCGCAUGGAGAUUUGCACACAUACGGACCAGAAGGAUACACGUUUUACUUUUUCCCUGAAGAAGGAAGACCUAAUUCGACGACGAGGCUGGAUGCUCUACAGCAGAGCAACUGGCUUGAUGACAAGACAUGGGCUGUGAUCAUGGAACUAACAACAUUUAACUGUGAUGCAGAGCUCUUUUGCACAAUCUCAGUCGUAUUUGAAAUGUCUCACUUUGGGAUCCUAAAACCAAGUCUGGCAGUACACUCUUUUGCACUGCCCAUUUUUCACCAGCAAACUAGAGCUCAAAUGGCUGUGUUUGUCAUUGUUGUUGCCUUUCUGUUCAUUUACAUUGCAGAGGAGCUGCACACCAUCAGCCAAGAAAAAAAAGAUUACGUGAAGAACAUUUCCAAUAUCAUCAGCUUUGGCUUCAAAGCAGUAUUCCUCCUAGCUGUUUGUUUAAAGGUAAUGAAGUUUAAGGUGGGAGCAGAUAUAGUGAAGUUUUACUUACUUCACCCAAAUGAUUUCAUUCCUUUCCACGCCGUUUCUCAUUUAGACCAGAUUUUACGGAUUACUAUGGGCUUUUUAGUAUUUCUUGUCAUUUUGAAAACUCUAAAAUAUGCCAGGUUCCUUCAUGGCGUGCGCCUGGCACAAAGAUCCCUCUUGGCAGCCCUUCCCGCCAUCUCCUCCAUGGCCCUGGUGCUGGUGGUGCACAUUUUUGUGUUUACGGCUUUUGGCUACCUUGCCUUUGGGCAGCACGAGUGGAAUUACAGUAACGUGAUUCGCUCAGCUCAGACCAUCUUCUCUUUCUGCAUCUCAGCUUUCAGAGAUACUGCCUUUUCAUCCAACAGGCUGCUGGGUAGUCUCUUCCUAGCCUCCUUCAUGGUGGGGAUGAUCUGUGUCCUGAUCAAUCUCUUCCGUGCUCUCAUGGUGUCUGCCUAUAGAGACACGAAAUGGCGCAACUAUAAGGAAACAUCUGAUGAAUCACAAAUGGCUGCUUUUGUAUUUCAAAGGCUCAGGCAGGUAUUUUACACGCUGACGUGCAAAAGAUCCAAAACCAGUGGGCCUGGCCUUUUUGCCAGGGUACUCUAUAGGCAGCCUGAGAGAAAACCUCAGCAACAUUUGGGGCUCAAGAACAGAAAAAUAAAUGGGAGAAAAAUGGUUUAUCUUGUCACAUGAGUGAGGAAAGAUUUUGUACUAAAGAGCUGGACUCUCUGAUACUCGUGUUUCAAAUAAGUGCUCAUAAAUAAACUAUUUAUUUUUUAAAAGCU